AAGCUUUGUCUAAUUUGAAAAACCGAUGUACGUACGAAGGUGCAGGCUGUAUCGAAUACGACCACCAGUUCUGGUCGUUAAAGAUUGUCAUCUUAAACCACAUUUUUGUGUUUGUGUCGUAAAUAUCAGGCCAGGCAGGGUCCCCCACCAAAAAAACAAGUUGCAGGGGGCCAUUGCAUAGUUGGGUUGUCCGGGGCGCGUUCCGAGUACGCGUGGCCAUGUUUGCUUCAUCUCCAUCUCUUAUAAUUAGACCAGUUUUAAAUUGGGAGUACAAUAUUUGCUUAGCCUAAGCUGCUCUGUGUGUUUUGGUGUCGUUUUCUGUUUUUCCUUUCUCUCAUUCUGACUAUGGAAAGUGGACUUCCCAUGCUUAAUUGUCUCUUACAGCACACACUCAGAAACCUCUGUGAAUAUUCUGAUUCUUCUACUUCUUCCAAAUGGGUCUACGCAGUCUUUUGGAGAAUCUUACCUCGGAAUUAUCCUCCUCCCAAGUGGGAUUAUGGAGGUGGUGCUCUUGAUCGAUCAAAAGGGAACAAAAGGAACUGGAUUCUUGUUUGGGAAGAUGGGUUUUGUGACUUCUACGAGUGUGAGCAAGCAGGCAGUGUAUACGUUAAAGGGAGGUUUGGAGCUGAUGUUUUCUUCAAAAUGUCCCAUGAAGUUUAUAAUUAUGGAGAAGGGUUAGUGGGAAAAGUGGCAGCCGACAAUAGUCACAAAUGGAUUUUCAGAGAUCCAUCAAAUGAAGGUGAUCCGAGCUUCAUCUCUUCAUGGAAUCUAUCAAUAGAACCACAACCAAGAGCAUGGGAGUCUCAAUUUGAGUCGGGCAUUCAGACCAUAGCACUCAUUUCAGUUAGAGAAGGCAUAAUUCAACUCGGAUCGUUUGAUAAGAUUGUGGAGGAUCUUAAUCUGGUUAUCGGCAUACAGAGGAAAUUCACCUACCUCCAAAGUAUCCCAGGUGUAUUUGCCAUGCAAAGGCCAUACCUACCAAUCCAACACCCUUACUCACUCAAACCAAAUACACAAACAAUUGAAACUCAUCAAGAUUCUGCUUUAUCAAUCUAUGAGAAGCGCCAAUCAACUGGGUUAAAAAGAUUGUUUAAUGAAAUAUCUGACGAUUCCCCUACCAAGUCCAUCAACUUGGGUUGGAGCACGCCACAAAAUGGCAUAUCAGGAUCGAGUACCCUUUGGCCAGUUCCACCUCUACUACCUUCCAUGUCAUACAGUCUUGGAGCCCUUUUGUCCAAACUGCCUUAUGUGAUCCCAAACUAUAAUUUCACAGAAGCUAAUGAGACUGCUAUGCCUAUGCUUGUUAACAAGAACAACAACAAUUAUUCCACCACUCAAAUUAGUGGGGGUAGCCUAAAAAUGGAAACUUCCCUUUUUGAUGAAUUUCAAGAAGAAAAGGCAAGUUCCAUAAACCCCAGUAUGGGAAUGGACUUAGGUUUUGCACCUGUGAGAGAACAAGGAAAGAAUCAGGGUGCUAUCAAUCUCAAUUAAUCAGGGAAUGGUAGGUACUUGUAUUUAUUAUGACCAGCAAGAGAUAUGCAGCUUAAUUGGGAUUUGGGAAAGUAGGUCAUUGAUAGCUCAAUUUUUAGUUUCUGUUCUGAUGAGAUUUUUAUUCAUUGAAACGUUUAGACGUGUGAUUAAUCACUUGAGCUAUCUAUCAUAGAAUGUCUUGUCUGUAAUAUAAGAACAUUUCCCUACGAAGGUAAUGCAUGCAACAUAAAACAAAACACAAUUAUGUUUUAUAAGUUCAUGUUAAUUGUCCUAAUAAGUUGAUGUUCCUUAACAAAUAUCUUUCUUUUUA